AUGGAUUCAGCUGGAAGUGCUUCUGUUUCAACAGUGACGACGAAUGAAGGUGGUUUACAAUCCCAAGUUGCUGAUGCAGUGGAAUCGGCUUCCGCUUUCUCCAAUACCGGAAAAGCUGAGCAGGGAAACGAAGACAUCAGCAAUCUUGAACCAUUCGUACAAUUUCGUUGCAGUAUAUGCAAUUUGACGGAAAAAUGUUUUUUCGGUGAACUCAAGGCUUCGGAUGGGUUCUACCCUGCACCAGUGUUCUACAUGAGGGACCCGUUCGUGCCUCCUCGGCGUGUAAAAGGGCGAAAACCAUUACUAUCCGAUUUUCUGGUGAUUGGUUCAACCUGUUCCUUGUGCAAUCAGUCUGUUUGCCUUGACAAGGCAUGCGGCGUUUAUUUCGGCACUUUAUUCUGUACAACCUGUAUCGUUCGUGAACGCAGGCGGUUUCCAGAAAUGAUUCUUCAGAUAGUUGCAAAGGCGCAGUCGGUUACAUCAAAUUUCAAGGACACCAUUAAUUCAUCAUCACGUAAGUAA